CCUAUUAUGGGAGAUCUUCAAAAAGUUCUUGAAAGAGGAGAAUAUAUUCCCUUGAGAUCUGCUCCUGUGUUUGAGAGCAACUUUGUUCAGGUCAAUAGAAGGGGUGAAUCAAUUUACCUUCAUAAUCGCCCCAACUAUGUGACCAUGGGCAUCUGUGCCUCCAGCCCAAACCUGUCAUUGCCAAAUGUGAUGCUGCUUGCACAUGCAACCCCUUCAUCCUCCCAGGAAGACAUUUCAGCAUGUCCAACACGUACAAGGCAAUCAUGUUCUGAAGAUGAACUAGUACUCACCAGGUUCUUACCCUUGAAGUUUGUAGACAUUUCUGUUCACAAUGCUAAGAAAAGACGCUUCAAGCUGAAGCUGGUGAGUGGCCGUGCCUACUACUUAGAACUAUGUGCGCCACUACACAAGCAGACCCAUCUCUUCCGUCAGUGGGUGCAGCUCAUCAGUCUACUGAAAUCUAAAUAUAAAGGUUCUUCAGUCAAUAUUCUAUAUAAAGACUUUGAAACUCAGGAGAAAAAUAGAGCCAUCAGGAACAAAGCAUUACAAGGAUACAACCAAGGAGAGACUCCCACAAACCAACAAAUCAGCCAAGAGCCAACGAAGCCAGAAAUCAUUAAGAAAACCUCUUCCAAGCGGGUCACUAUUUCUGAUAUAGUGGGUCCUACUGAAGAAUUUCAGAAGAGCAAGAGCAAGAGCCAGAGCCAGGCCACAGUUUCUUCCUACAGCUGCAUGAAAAAGCCCAGUGCAGACUCAGAGAAACAAAACAAGUAUAGUCAAGGAUCAAUGAAGAGGACUAUCUCAAGGAGUAAAUCUAGGGAACAAGAAUUUUUUUCUAAUGCAGAAAAAAGACUUCAGACUUCAGUUAUUUCUAGUGUAACAGUCUUCCCUCUGAUUAACCUUUCUUUCCCCCUUCUACUCUAA